AUGGAAGCGCAAACUUCGUCGGCCUUGCAGCUCACCGCUGUGACUGGAGGCAGUGGGUACUUGGGGCAAGCGGCGACGCGCCGGCUCCUUGAGCUCGGUGUGCCUACUCGCAUCAUCGACACCAAGGUCCCUCCGUCGGACCUGGAAGCUGCGACCUUCGUCCGCUGCGACAUCCGGGAGCCUGCGAGUGUAGCCGCUGCGCUGCAGGGCGUGCAGACGGUGAUACACUUGGCAGGUCUCAUUGACAUUCGUCGGUGCUUCCACCCGACGGCCAGCCAGGAGGUCAACGUACAGGGCACAUCCAAUGUCCUCCGGGCCUCAAGAGGUGCCGGAGUGAAGCGCAUGGUUUAUGUCUCAACCUCAAACGUCCUCAUGGAGGAGAAGGAAUGCCUGGAUAUCGACGAGGAGACAGUCCCGCCGCGGCCGUGCACCGAGUACAGCCGGACGAAACUGGAGGCCGAGGCGCUGGUGCUCGGAGAGGUAACUCGGGAAGAUGGGCUGUUGGUUACCGUGCUGCGCCCCCCGUGGAUCUGGGGCCCAGGGGAGGGUAACUUCUGGGUGGCAGACAACCCGCUGCCUCUGGCCGUCCGCACAGGAUACUGCAAUGGCAUCUACGUCCGCAACGCCGCAAACGUGCUGGUGCACGCGGCCUCGCAACUGAAAGAUCGCAACUCUCCAUCCCAUGGGCAGGCGCUUUUUAUCAAAGACCCGACGAGCAAGUCCAGCAAUGGCUUGCUGCACUGCCAGCUGCUAUACCGGUGCAAGGUGGCUGGCCGCUCGGUACCCACGAACUUUGACAUCCCCUUUGCAGUCUUGCUGUGGGCCGCUUGGCUGACGGAUCUUUUUUGCAGCAUCGUUUGGUUGGUAUUCAGGGUGCACCUUCAACGGGGUGACGGCUUCACGCAGUACGCGAUCUGGGCGGGCUUCGGGCACCACACCUUCUGCGACCGCAGGGCUCGUGAUUUGUUGGGCCAGUGGCCGGAGGUCUCCAUGGACCAAGCGAUUCAGGAAACCAGAGCCCACUACGGACUGGACGAGCCGAAACCGUCCUGA